AGGAAUUAGGUGCCAAAUAGAUGGAUCGCAUCGCAAGAGCGAAGGAGAGUGAGGAAAAUGCCAAGGGACACGUCACGUACGCCACAUGUGUGGGCACUAGGCUCCCGCUCCCUUCUUAUAAAAUUGUCGCAGACGUCCUAAAACUCCGCUCACCGUUGGUUCCUCCUGCUACCGCCAACACACAUGCGCACACGAACGACGAGUCUUCUACCUCUUUCACACCCUGGAAAAUCAUCAUAAUAACUAACACUACUUCUACUAAAAAAGGAGAAUUUCUACUCCUCUCCCUAUCCUGCGCCGGCAUAUUUUACAUGGACACCUUCCGGCGACUACCCAAGCCACUGCGCUCCACCGCCCCACAUGGCAACCUCCGCAAACGAAAGCAUUCUGCUGUCGUUGACGACCGAUCUCCAUCAACCGCUCCGAAAGCGUCGGACGCGCUUCCGCUGCCACUCCACCUGACCAACGCCGUUUUCUUCACGCUGUUCUUCUCGGUGGCGUAUUACCUCCUUCACCGGUGGCGAGACAAGAUCCGCAACUCUAUUCCCCUUCACAUUGUCACUCUCUCUGAAAUUGCUGCUAUUGUAUCCCUCAUUGCCUCCUUCAUUUACCUCCUUGGAUUCUUCGGCAUCGACUUUGUUCAGUCAUUCAUCGCACGCGCCUCCCAUGACGUGUGGGAACUUAACGAUACAAAUCCUAACUACCUCAUCAACGAAGAUCACCGCCUCGUUACUUGCCCUCCUGCAAAUAUCUCUACCAAGACUAACAUUGUAUCCGCACCUCCCAAAUUGCCUGCUUCGGAACCUAUAAUUACACCUUUAGCCUCGGAGGAAGACGAAAUGAUCGUCAACUCCAUCGUGAAUGGAACGAUUCCAUCUUAUUCUCUGGAAUCCAAGCUAGGGGACUGCAAGCGAGCGGCUGCGAUUCGACGCGAGGCUUUGCAGAGAAUGACGGGGAGGUCGCUCGAAGGCUUGCCUCUAGAAGGGUUCGAUUACGGGUCGAUUUUAGGGCAAUGCUGUGAAAUGCCAGUGGGGUACGUGCAGAUUCCGGUGGGGAUUGCGGGUCCUUUGUUGCUGGACGGGCGGGAAUACUCUAUUCCGAUGGCGACCACGGAGGGUUGUUUGGUAGCGAGCACCAAUAGAGGGUGUAAGGCGAUCUACUUGUCAGGUGGGGCCACCAGCGUCUUGUUGAAGGAUGGGAUGACAAGAGCGCCUGUUGUUAGAUUCGGGACGACUACUAGAGCCGCGGAGUUGAAGUUCUUCUUGGAGGAUCCUCACAAUUUCGACGCUCUGGCCGUCGUUUUCAACAGGUCCAGUAGAUUUGCGAGGCUCCAAGGCAUUCAAUGCUCUAUUGCCGGCAAGAAUCUUUAUAUCAGAUUCAGCUGCAGCACCGGCGAUGCAAUGGGGAUGAACAUGGUUUCCAAAGGGGUUCAAAAUGUUCUUGAAUUCCUUGAAAGUGAUUUUGCUGAUAUGGAUGUCAUUGGCAUCUCAGGAAAUUUUUGUUCGGACAAGAAACCUGCCGCUGUAAACUGGAUUGAAGGACGUGGAAAAUCAGUUGUUUGCGAGGCAAUUAUCAAGGAAGAGGUGGUGAAGAAGGUGUUGAAAACUGACGUUGCCUUAUUAGUGGAGCUCAAUAUGCUCAAGAAUCUUGCUGGUUCUGCUGUUGCUGGUGCUCUGGGAGGAUUUAACGCCCAUGCAGGCAACAUUGUUUCUGCAAUCUUUAUUGCCACUGGCCAGGAUCCAGCACAGAAUGUUGAAAGUUCUCAUUGCAUUACCAUGAUGGAAGCUGUCAACGAUGGAAAGGAUCUCCACAUCUCUGUGACCUUGCCUUCCAUUGAGGUGGGUACAGUUGGAGGGGGAACUCAACUUGCAUCUCAGUCUGCUUGUCUGAAUUUGCUUGGUGUGAUGGGUGCAUGCAAAGAGUCGCCAGGUUCAUACUCGAGGCUCCUGGCCACCAUAGUGGCUGGUUCAGUUUUGGCUGGGGAGCUCUCCCUGAUGUCUGCCAUUGCAGCUGGGCAGCUUGUCAAGAGUCACAUGAAGUACAACAGGUCCAGCAAAGAUGUAUCCAAAGCUGCAUCUUAGUGGGAAGAACCUGGUCCCAGCGAUGCAAAACGAUCUACAAAUGAGAAGUGGCGGAUACUGUGUGUGUGGGGGAGGGAAAUUAAAGGCUGUUGGCGCUCACGUGAGAUUGUUUAACUUUCGUAGCAGUAAAGUUUGCUAUUAUAUGAAGUUUGGAGAUAGGAAUGAACGCUGCUACUCAUGUUUUGCCUCUCCCAUCUUACUUCUAACUUCUCUCUCUCUCUCUCAUCUCCAAUUGACCUGUGAGCAAGAGGUAUCCCUAGCUUUGGUUUUGGUUCAAAUCAUUUUUAUGUAAAAGGUUAUGGCUUUAAAAGAGCUUCACGCGGAUCAAA